AUGGCUAGAAUUUUGGUAUUAGUCCUACUUCAAGUGAGCUUCUUCGCAGUGUUUGCUAAAGAGUUUGAUAAUCUUAAACACAAACACCAUUAUCACCAUCACCAUCAUUAUCACCAACUUGCCCCAACCCCAGCCCCUGUUCAACCUCCAUCUUUAACUGCUAUUCAAUCUCUUCAUCUAAGUGAAUCCAUCUACAAACGACACCAUCAUUUAUCAGCUGCAGCCCCAACCCCUGCCCAUGUUUCACACCACAACCACCAUCACCAUCACAAAUCAACCCCAUCCAAUGCACCUACUUACUUCUUAUCCACUAGUUAUGAAUUGAGUAAGGAGCACAAACACCACAAACAUCAUCACCAUAAAUCAUCAGCCCCAUCCCCAGCCCCAACCCAUGGCCAUGUCCAUGCUCCUUCUUUAGCCCCUACUCGUCCACCCUUUCCCUUUGAUACUACAAUUAUCUCAUUGUCCACUAGUUAUGAGGAGGGUUUGGAUCAUAAGCAAAACAAACACCCCAAACGCCACAAACAUCAUCACCAUCACUCUUCAUCCCCAGCCCCAUCCCCUGCCUAG